AGUGUCUCGAUGCCGAUACGCGCCGCCUCAAAGCCAUCAACCAUCUCGGCCUCAUGAGCCAGCGCCCGUGAUCAAGUCCUCGAGGCCGAGCUGGCCGCAGCCAUGCUUUCCGCAUUUACGGCUCGCCCGAUAAUCGAGCUGAAACCGCGCUACAAGUCCAAGAUCGAGACCGUCCUCGCAUAUGGCGAUCGCGUUCUCGUCGGGCUCAACACGGGCGACCUCCGUGUAUACCGCCUCAACGACACAGCCACCAACGGGCACCCUGAAGCCAAGCCCAAAGAUGUCGCACCCGCCGCGGAUGGCGGUGACGCGCCGCCGCCCCUCGAGCCCCUACCCACCGCCCUGCUCCGCGAGGUAGAGAAGUUUUCGACACGCGCCAUCGAGCAGCUGGCGAUAAUCAAGGAGGCCAACACAUUGGUCUCGCUGUCCAACUACGCUGUGUCGCUGCACGACCUGAGCUCCUUCGAGCCCAUCGAGGCCCCGCUGGCGAACACGCGCAACGCAACAUGCUUCGCCGUCACAUCAAACGUCGUCAAGGACCCGACCGGCGUCCCCGAGAUCGUCAGCCGCCUGGCCGUCGCCGUCAAGCGCCGUCUCUACCUGUGGACCUGGCACGAGUACGAGCUGAGCCCCGACGUGGCCGAGGUCGUCCUGCCCGAGUCCAUCCGCUCCCUGACUUGGGCGAGCGCGACCAAGAUCGUGUGCGGCAUGAACUCCGAGUACAUGCUCGUUGACGUGACCACAAAGGAGACCUCGAGCAUCACGGGCGGCCACGUCGGCAGCGGCGGCGGCGCGGGCGCCGGAGCCCAGGGCGGCGUCAGUAGGUUUGGCGCCUACAGCACAGCCGGCAUGGGCUACAUGGGCCUGGGCGGGUACAUGCCCAAGCCGCUGGCUACAAAGCUCGGCGACGGCGAGCUGCUGCUCGCAAAGGACAUCAACACCAUGUUCAUCAACGACGAGGGCAAGCUGCUCGAGAAGCGCCAGGUGCCCUGGCAGUUCGCCCCCGAGAGCGUCGGGUACAGCUACCCCUACCUCCUCGCGCUGCAGCCCCCGGCCAAGGGCGGUCUCGAGGUUCGGAACCCGGACACCCUCAGCCUCCUGCAGACCAUCUCCCUGCCGGGCGCCACCCAGCUGCACUUCCCCCCGCCGGCCCCGAGCUUGCCCAAGGGCUUUCAUAUCUCGAGCGACCGCUUCGUCUGGAAGAUGAACACGACCGACUAUGACGAGCAGGUCAACGAGCUCAUGGCUGCGGCCCGCUACGACGAGGCUAUCAGCAUCCUCAACAUGCUCGAGGAUGCGCUCCUCAAGAACAAGACCGAGGUGCUACGCGAGGUCAAGAUGCAGAAGGCCGAGCUGCUUUUCAGGCAAGGCAAAUUUCGGGAGUCGAUGGACCUUUUUAAUGAAGAUUCGGUCCACGCGCCCCCGGACCGGGUACUGCGGCUUUUCCCGCCUGUGAUAGCUGGCGAGCUGUCGGCAUGCGCUGUCAAAGGCGACGACGAGGAUGCGGCAGACCACGACGACACUGAUGGAAAGACGGAUGGGGUCAAGGACUGCCAGAAAUCCGAUUCGCCACCGACAAGCGCAGCCGCAGCCGCAGUCGCAGCCGCCGCCGAGACAGCAGAGACGGUUACGAGAACCGGCGGGUUUGCCAGGAUGUUCUUGGGAGGCGGCAGAAAGGCGGUAGACUCGGACGCAGCCUCCAUCGCCUCGACAAAGAAGAGCAUUGGUGACGCGGACGACGAUGCGAAGAGCAUCAAGGCGAAGCCAGCAGACGACGGAGUUCUGGACGGCAAGGAGCUCAGGGAUGCGGUGCUCGAGCUCAACGGCUAUCUGGCCGGAGCGCGCGCACGUCUUCAGAGAGUCAUCGACCCCGUGACAGGGAAGCUCAAGCCUUCCCGGGACGCGUCGGCCGAAGAGGCCUUCAGGAGCCUGCUGGGCUCGCACCAGGACGAGUCCGAGGAGCAGCUGGAAAAGGACCUGCAGGAGGCGUUCAAGCUCGUCGACACUUCCCUCUUCCGCGCCUACAUGUUCGCCAACCCCAACCUGGCCCGCUCGCUCUUCCGCAUCCCCAACUUCUGCGACCCAGAGGUCGUCAACGCCAAGCUGCUGGAGCACAACAGCUACACCCCGCUCAUCGACUUCUUCCACGGCAAGAAGCUGCACCGCCAGGCGCUCGAGCUGCUCAAGAGAUUUGGCUCCGGGGACCAGCCCGAGGAGGUGCCCGAGGCCCUGCACGGGCCCGAGCGCACCGUCAGGUACCUGCAGAGCCUCCCGCCCGAGAUGAUCGACCUCAUCCUCGAGUUCUCCGAGUGGACCCUCAAGGCCGCGCCCGGGCUCGCCAUGGAGGUCUUUGUGGCCGACACGGAGAACGCCGAGACGCUGCCGCGCCACAAGGUGGUCGAGUUCCUGGGCAGGAUCGACGUCGAGCUCGAGGUCCAGUACCUCGACCACAUCAUCUCGGAGCUCAACGACAUGACGCCCGACUUCCACAACCGGCUGGUCGACAUCCUGAUCAAGCACCUGCAGACCAAGGAGAAGGGAGAGGAGUGGAACCUCAUGAUGGACCGGCUGCUUAGGUUCCUAAAGGAGGGGCAGUACGGCCUACAUAGAGCUUUUGACCUAAUCGACAAGGAGGAUCCUGCAUUCUACGAAGCACAGGCAAUCGUCCUAAGCAAUAUGGGAUCCCACCGGCAGGCCCUGGAGAUCUACGUCUUUGAUAUGAAAGACUACGCGAAAGCCGAAGAAUAUUGCAAUCAGGUGCACAAGACGGAGGGGGCUGCAGGGCUGAAGUCCAUGGCGUCACCCCCAUCUUAUGGCGAGAAAGACCCUUUCAAGGACGACGAGAAAUCAGAGCCCUCGAUCCACCACACCCUGCUCUCUCUGUACCUCAACCCCCCGACCCGGCGGCGCGGCCAGUCACCGCCGUCACCGAACAGGGAGUCGGCGCUAGACCUGCUGUCCAAGCACGGCUCACGCUUGCCGGCGUCGUCGACGCUGUCACUCCUGCCGGACUCGCUGCCCGUGUCGGAGCUCGAGGCCUAUUUCCGCGGACAGAUCCGGUCGUCCAAUAGUGUGGUCAACGAAGGUCGCGUCGUGGCGGGCAUGCGCAAGACGGAGCUCGUCUCGGCGCAGGCGCGCCUGCUCCUCGGUGACGACGGGGCGGGAGGGGCCAGAGGCGUGCCCGAGCAGGGCGGGAGGAGCCGUCGCGUGGUUAUUAGCGAGGAGCGCGUGUGCGGUGUGUGCCACAAGCGACUGGGCGGGAGUGUCAUCGCCGUGCUGCCCGACAACACGGUCGUCCACUAUGGCUGCCUCAACAAGGCGACCCGCGGUGGGGUGGCAUCGAAAGAGCGAGCAUCGAAAGAGAGGGGGCCGAGCUGGGGGAGGGUUGGCGGUUAUUAGAUAGCGACGGCUUUCCUGUUCGGGUUUCUUGUUUGGGUCCUGCUGGCUGAUGAUGCGUCCUGGCUAGCGAUGCUCUUUUGUGGUCGCCAUCGUUGUUGCCCAAUUCCAUCCUUCUCUUUUUUUUUCUCAACCGCUGUGUAAUAUGGAGUACAGCCGCCAAUCACCAAAGGCAGGACCUGGCCUUUAUACACACCCCAUCACCCUCAGUCGUCUUCGUCCACGACCUCCUCCCCGUAGUUCUGCUCCUCCUUGGCCUCGUCCACGGGGUUGCCGGCGGUGGCCUUGCGGGCCUUGUCAUCGUCCAUGCGCCGCGUCAGCUCCUUGUUGACCUG